GAGUUGAGUACGACAUGCAGAUUAUCGAAAUGUUAUUUAAAAUAGUUGUCAUUGUAUGGAUCUUUUUAUGCCUUUUAGUUACUGAGAGUGAUACACUGGAAGUAGCAAGACACAAACCAACCAAGCAGUCAACCAAUUGGAGCGAAACCUCCGGACUAUCUCGAAAUGCUGUAGAUGGUGAAUAUACACAACACAUGACAUUAUCAGAGCAGUUUUGUACUCAUACUCACCUGGAAGAUAAAUCAUCAUGGUGGGCAGUGGAUCUGGGUGGCAUUUAUGACAUCACCAACGUGAUUAUCUAUGGAAGAAAUGACUAUGCUCCGGCUGUUGAGAGACUUUCGAAUUUCGACAUCGAGGUGAUUAAACCGUGCAGAAACAGAACUUAUUGGUUUGAGGACGGUGCCAGCCAAUUGUGUUAUCAUCAGCAAGCACCAAUUACAUUUUUAAAUGCUUCAUGUAAUUACAAGAUGAUGGGACAGUAUGUUCGCAUACGGCUCAAUGAUCCCAAUCCAUUAACACUAUGUGAAGUUGAAGUGCAUGGUACAUUUAUUCGUUAUCUACGUUCAGUAACUGUUCCGUAUACCUGCGGAUUCCAAGGCCAAAGUUAUGCAGGACAUAAUGUGACCCUAAGCAGCGCCAUUGUGAAAAGUGACAUUUACUGUACCUAUAUGUGUGCCUUCAUGAAAGAAUGUUAUGUUGCAGACUUCAACAAGAAGACCUCAAAUUGCACCAUAAUGGAAAAGAAAACUGGAUCCAAUGUCGUGGCUAAUUCUGAUCACGACGUUUUUUUCAUCAAUUAAACAUUUUUUUGGUCGAUGCUGGACAUUGUGCAAUUGUGAAAACUAUGAAAGUUAUAUUUAACAACAAGAAGACCCUAAUUAGUAUCCGUUAGAAAGAGAAACAAAUGGAUCCACUGUCUUAAAGUCUUGUUCAAAUGAAAUUCUUACGUCUUUUGAAUAUAUUCAAUUAAUGUAGCAAUACCAGUAAUCUGUAAAUAA